AAGAAGCGGCGCCGCUCGCGUUCCUGCUGCCCGGAGGGAGCUCCGGGGCCGGACGGCAGCGACAGGAAGCGGCGGAGCACCGAGUCCAGCCACGGUGCCCUGGAGGAAACAAAAUGCAGUGUACUCUCUGGAGAAAAAGUGGAAGAGGCUGAACAACCCAGUGAUAUAGAAGAAGGAGGAUUAGAUCUCACUGUGUCACUCAAACCUGUCAGUUUCUACAUUGGGGACAAAAAGGAAAUGCUUCAACAGUGUUUCUGUGUCAUAGGGGAGAAGAAACUACAGAAGAUGCUGCCUGAUACUUUAAAGAGCUGUUCCAUGGACGAAAUCAAAAGACUUUGCAUGGAGCAGUUGGAGCUGUUAUCUGAAAAAAAACUAUUGAAGAUACUUGAAGGCAAGAUUGGAGCUGAUUCUGAUACUGACGAGGAGGCAGAUGGAGGAGACAAGACUGGAGGUGAUUUGACUACUAGCAAGCAACAGGAUAACAGUGUAGACUCAACUUCUUCUCUGAGAGAAGACAGCAAGCUGGAAGGUCAGGAAUCAAAACAAGGCAAGGGAGAAGAUAGUGAUGUCCUCAGCAUAAAUGCAGAUGCAUAUGAUAGUGAUAUAGAAGGCCCAUGCAAUGAAGAGGAUGGCCCAGAUGUGCAAGAGAGCACUGUCAGAAGUGGAGCUGGUCAGAUAGAUGACCUUCAGAAGGACAUUGAGAAGAGUGUGAAUGAGAUACUGGGGCUGGCAGAGUCCAGCCCGAAGGAGCCCAAGGCAGCAACUUCAGCUGUUCCUCCAUCAGAAGAUGUUCAGCCAUCAGCACAACAGCUGGAGCUUCUGGAACUCGAGAUGAGAGCCAGAGCUAUUAAGGCUCUGAUGAAAGCUGGUGAUGUAAAAAAACAUCCCUGAGACUGUUCAGCUUUCGUUUUCACUGUAUGUUUUGAAGAAGGUGAUGUCUGUUUCUCUUCAGUGCUAUAGUAUGUUUGGGUUGGGUAUGACAUUCCUCAUUCAGACUGUGCUGUGUAUACUGACCUGUGGUCCAGUGGUUUUGUUGCCUUCAGUGUGCUGCUUCCAUGACAUGCACAGACAUGCUGAUGUUCCCCUGAGAUGGUGUCCUUGUGCUGGGUCACCUCCUUAAGGAGUCACAAUACAUACAGAGCUGUGCCAGGAACCUGGUCCUUCCAAAAAGGUUGUUGUAGAAACUUAGAAUCAUAGAAUGGUUGCAGUUGGAAGGGAUUUGAGACUGCUUAAUUCUUCUUGGGGCCCAUCUCAUCAUAAUGUAGGUAUUCUAAUUAAAAUGUGAUGAUUUGCUUAAAAGCAUACUCAUUUUUUAAAAAUUGAAUUCAUAAAAGGAACAAUUUUUAACUUAUAAAUAAACAGUUGAACAUGUUAUUUUCAGAGCUAUGAAAGUGCCUGAAAGAGACAGAGCAGAGUUUACACUGCCAUGUAGUUUUGUCCACUCUUAUCUUUUGUAUUGUAACUGAAGAAAGCAGAGUUUCUUCCUAACUGUAAAGCUUUUCUUUUGAAUAUUUGGUACAAUAUUUAGCAAAUCAGACCAUUCAGAAGACCUUGAACUUUUAGCAUUCAGCUGAUGAAUUGUUUCAUGUCCCCUGAAAGUAGAAAAAUCCACCUAAUUUCAGUAUGCUUUUUUAGAAAAGGCAUUUGAUUUAUGAGGUUUUAAAAUAUAAAUUCUAUUUUUAUCCACUUCAUGGCAUUCCUUUAGAAAUAAAUUGAAUUUUAGAAUUAAUUUUCAUGCUAUAAUAUCUUACAACAAUUAAAGUAAUUUUAAUUUUUUUUAGAAUUAGUGCUGUUUUUAUAUCUGGCUGCUAAUCAAAGCAUGUUAAAAUAUUUGUGUGUUUGUUUACACAUGCAGAUACCAAUUUUUUUCUUUAAAGGUAUGAAGUUUACAAUUAUAGUCUUUGUUAAGUAAAAUAAUGUAUUAUGUAUUUUUUUUCAUGAAUUUUCCUUGGUAGUUACUUAGAAAACUGGUUACAUACUUUGCAACAGUAGCAGAGAUAAUUUCCCCUACGAUUGUGUAGUAUUACUGCAAACUUUAGUCUAUUCAGAUAUUAUGUCUUGAAUUCUUUUAAGGUUUAUAGUUUUCUUUUUAUUCUUCCAUUUUAUCCCUUUUCUUCUCUUUAUUCCCUUUCUUUUUUCCUAUUUCCUUUUAAACCCUUUUCUGUAGCAAGCUUCUUGUAUAUUUCUUGAGUAUGAUUGAUUUCUUCUAGAAUCAGCAUUAUUGUAAAAUGCUAGUGCAGUGUAAAUUUGAUAAUAAACUAAAACUUUCAUUAAAUACAUCUGAGAAAAUUA